AUGCAACUCUCUUCCAUUUCCUCUGCCUCAUCCUCUAAGCCUCGCUUCGCCACCAUCUGUCGCUCUCACCGCUUCUUCUUCUUCUUCUUCUUCUUGCCCCACCACUCCAAUUCCAUAGUCGAAUCCUCCGCCGAUCUCAACAACUCGACCAGUUUGACAACGGAUUGCAUUGUCGUUAAAGUAGAUGACCAGGAAGUAUCUUCGCCUAUCAGGGGAGAACAGAAGAUUUUCACCGCUGCCGUUGCAAUUCAAAUCUCCAAUGGUCAACAAUGGAGCAGAGUCGUCUACAAGAGGGAAGGAGACGAUUCAAAGCGACGCCGUUCCACCAUCAUCAGAGUUAAAGAAACGUUCGUGGAGUGA